AUGAGCCAAGUACAGGCAUCUUUAAGGCAGCACUACAGGAACGCAGUGUUUGAUGUCGAGAAAACUAACGAAGAUAUGAGCGACAUUGAGUUUUUUUUGCGGGAGAACAAAAAAGUGAAAAAUAUUCAGACUUCCCUACGUCCUCCUGGUCACCCGACCGGUGAAGGCCUGACAGGUGAAGGCUACGCAAACAUAAAUUGGAAGAGGAGCUCCAAACUGCUUGAAAACGUCGAGCUCAUAUUCAACGAACCAGGGCGAUGCCCAUCCGCAAACACCACAACUAUUGCCGGAUGCGAUUCUGGUAUUGUUAACGCCCUUACGUUUUCCUCGCUGGACCCUCACAACCCUAACUUGCGGCAAACGGACUUACGAAAGGCUCAACGAGCUACGUUCGACUAUGCGGUGCAGCGAGUGUUGAAGCUGCUCGGGGGGAAAGGAGCGCUUGUCGUCGGCCUAUGA